GCGGCGGAGGGGGGAGAGACCCGGGUCAGGCCGGGGCCGCGCAGCACUACCGGGAACCGGGGCCGCUGCGCUCCGCUCCGGUUCCCGGCUUCUCGCCGGGCCGAGCGGGGCCGAGCUGAGCUGAAGAGGGGCGGGCACCGGCGAUACAACCGGCGGGGCGAGCGCGGGGGCCGCACGCCGACCCCCGCCGCGGGGCUCCAGGGAUCCGGGAGCGGCGGGCGGCCGUCGGGGAUGUCCUACAAGCCCAUCGCUCCCGCCCCCGCUACCCCCGGAGCCGCCAGCGCCAGCCCCGCCCCGCCGGGGCCCGGGGCACCGUCCGCCGCCACGAGUGUCCCGUCGCCCUCCGGUUCUGUCCCUGGCGCCGCCGCCCCUUUCCGGCCGCUCUUCAAUGACUUCGGGCCGCCGUCCAUGGGCUACGUGCAGGCCAUGAAGCCCCCCGGGGCGCAGGGCUCGCAGAGCACCUAUACGGACCUGCUCUCGGUCAUCGAGGAGAUGGGGAAGGAGAUCCGGCCCACCUACGCCGGCAGCAAGAGCGCCAUGGAGCGGCUGAAGCGGGGGAUCAUCCACGCCCGGGCGCUGGUCAGGGAGUGCCUGGCAGAGACAGAGCGAAACGCCCGCACGUAACGGCAGCUGCCGCCCGGGAGCCCCCGGGACCUCCCGGUGGUGGCGGCGGGGGCGGGGGGGCCGCCGUGCUGCCCGAGCCCCCCCUCCCCGCGCUCUCCGCUCUUUAUAAAUGCGUGUUUUUAUAAAUAAAAGACAAUGUUGGAACUUGG